AUGGCAGGACAAGUGGAAGUGAUCGAUCUUUCAGUCGAUCAUGCGGCUUCUGAUGCAAUCAUCUCGUCAUUAGUGACACGUUGGCUACCGUAUGAAAAGGAAAUAGUAGAAGAAUUAUGUGCACAGGAUGGUGUAUUAGUUAUGGGUCGUGGUUUGGGUUUAUUGCGGGUAAUAGCAAGCUUUAUCCGUCUCUACUGCUCCCCUCGUAGUCUUGUGUUGUGUUUAAAUGCCAACGAACAGGCAGCAACGCUACGGCGUUUAGUCCUGACAAUGGGCCUUGAUCGUCGUCUAUUGCCACGGGUAGUGGACGCCCGAAACAAUUUGAAUGAGAGGCAACAGAUGUACAAGCGUGGCGGUGUUUUCUUUGUGACUGCGCGGAUCCUUGUUGUCGAUUUAUUAUCCAACCACGUGGAUCCAGGCACCAUCAGUGGAUUAUUAGUGAACGAUGCACAUCACGUGGUUGAAACCUCCAUUGAAGCUUUUAUCUUACGAUUGUAUCGUGAACGCAAUCGGGAUGGAUUUAUUAAAGGGUUUUGUGACGAUAGCGUCGCGCUUUCGUCGGGUUUUAAUCGUAUGGAACAAGUUUUAAAGCACUUGUAUGUGCGAAAUGUGUUUUUAUAUCCGAGGUUUCAUGUUGCAGUCAAUUCGUGUCUGGAGAAACAUCAGCCACAAGUGUACGAGAUUGAAGUGGCCUUUUCAUCUUCCAUGCAAAUUAUACAGGAAGCGCUGCUUGUUGCACUGGAAGCCACGGUGAAAGAAUUGCAGCGUAGUACUAAUGCUUUGGAUACUGCUGACCUUACUAUGGACAAGGCUCUUGCCAAGUCGUUCAGCACUUAUAUUCGACGGCAAUUGGAUCCGCUGUGGCACAAAUUACCAGUAAAGACCAAACAACUUGUUGGAGAUCUCUCGACGCUGCGUCAAUUGCUGUCGUAUCUUCCACAUUAUGACGCCAUUUCAUAUUAUUCGUUCCUCAUGAACUUUCAAACCAUGAAUGGCCAGCAACGCUUUCCGUCAUCGUGGCUAUUCACAGAUGCGGCCGACCGCCUUCUUUCUGCAGCAAAAGAACGACUAUAUCAAAUUGUUGACCCGACAACUAAGAAGCCCGUAAAUCUUCGUCAGUUAGGUGCUUCGAAUGGAGCGGCUUUACAAACUGCCAAUAUAGCUGAGCUCAAGCUUGUGCUUGAGCAAAAUCCUAAAUGGGAUGCAUUGAAAGAGAUUGUGGACGAAGUGCACGAGCAACAAUGUGACCAAAAGAAGAAAAAGAACCAGGAAAAACUGGCAGCUGGUGGGGCAAGUGUGUUGGUGAUGGUCAAGGACGAGCGAACAUGUGCCCAGCUACGUGAAUUCUUAUGUUUGGGUGCCCAGGAAAUGAUGCGGCGGCGUUUUGCGCAUUACUUGCUACAAAAGGAAGCCACGUUGAAGCAAAAGGGAGGUAGCAUGACAUCUCUGGGAAUCGAGCAACGGCUUCUUGUGGAGGCUGCUUUGAAGCUACGAACAGAUAAGCUCUACAUUGAUGAUGAUGCCGUGCUUCCACCAGGGGCAAGAAACAGCAAACAGACGCCUAUUCAAUCAAAAAAGCGUGUGCGAGAAGAAUCAUCAGCAUCUAGCUACCAAGACGUUCAGGUUUAUAGCACUGAUGUAUCGAGCUUCGGUUUAUCAGAGGCCGAGCUAGAAACCAUUGCCGCAGAUCCUGAGAAUUCUAAGCGUGAUAACAAGUGGAAGCCGUUUUUUGAUGGCCGUCGUUGUGCUGACCGAGGAGAAUCGCAUCGCCGAGGUCAAUCUGUAGGCACACCAAAUUUGUCACUCGAACUGAUGGAUCCCCUUGACAGCAUCGUCCUGUGUACAUAUGAUCAGGCAACACAACAUGGCUACGGCGCUUCUGCUUUUCUCGAGGACCUAAUGCCUACUUGCAUCGUGCUGUACGAUCCAGACGUGGCUUUUAUCCGUGAAGUUGAAGUUUUUCACGCCUCACAUGUUGCUCAUCUCGAGAUUUAUUUCAUGAUGUACCACGAAAGCACGGAACAGCAGUCUUAUUUGAGUGAGAUUCAGCGCGAAAAACGUGCUUUUGACAAGCUCAUCCACCAGAAAGCACACCUGAUGAUGCCAGCAAAUGUAUAUGAUCUUCCGCUUCAUAUGAAGCUACGGCAACAGACUAUGGAAUACAGCAUGGAUACACGAACAGGUGGUCGUGCCAAGUCUCAUCGUGUGAGCAUAAAAGUUGUGGUUGACGUGCGCGAGUUUCGCAGUGCAUUGCCGUCCAUGCUCCACAAGGAAGGAUUAUUUGUACUUCCCGUGACACUAGAAGUUGGCGACUACGUUUUGUCGCCCGAGAUUUGUGUGGAACGUAAAAGCAUAAGCGAUCUCUUUGGGUCUUUGAAUUCUGGGCGAUUGUUUAAUCAGGCGGAAAGUAUGCGGCGCUUUUACAAAACACCCGUACUAUUGAUUGAGUUCACUCAAGGCAAGGCAUUCUCGCUGCAGGAUGUGUCAGAGCUUAGCUCCGAGAUAAAUGCCACUAAUAUCGUCUCCAAGCUUACCCUUCUGAUUCUCCACUUUCCGUCACUACGAAUCCUUUGGUCUCGCUCGCCACAUGCCACAGUGGACCUUUUCAAGAUCGUCAAGAAGUAUCAAGAUGAGCCAGACAUGAAUGCUGCGGCUGCACUCGGCAACGGCUUACUAGUAGACGAUGCUGUUCAAAGUAGUAGUGGUGAGGGAGGAUUGGCAUCGAAUUACUACAACACUAGCUCAAUCGAUGUGCUAAGGAAGCUGCCUGGCAUUAACGAACACAAUUACCGUACGGUGUUGUCGAGAGUGAAGAAUCUUGCUGACCUCAGCAGUCAGUCGCUAGAAGAACUUACGGAGCUAUUGGGCAAAGUCAACGGGAAGAAACUACACACCUUCUUUAACAGCACUCAAUAG